AGUCUACCGUGAUGUCUUCUACCGUCUGCAACUUUUGUUUCCGAAUGCGUCUGACAGGCUUCUGACAGCUAUCACUGGCAGCGCACAUAUUGUAGACUAACGUCAAUAUCAUGAUCUGAUUGGAGUAACAGCCGAAAUGAAGCUUGUAAUCAGCAACUACACAGGUCCACUCUUUGCUGGCCUCAUUCUGUCUCACCUACUGUAUGGUGUUACUGUGGCACAGACACUAUUUUACUUCUGUAACUAUCAAAGUGACACUCGUGCUGUGAAGUCAUGGGUAGUGGCAAUAUGGCUCCUUGACACAGCAAAAAUUAUCACAGAAGCACAUCAAUUAUGGGACUAUUUUGUGACUGCACAUGGCAAUAUAUUUGCACUUCUCCCAGUGGAUCCCUAUAUCUGUGUAAGAUUAAAGGUUUUGUAGGUGCUAUUCAAUGUGUAUAACUUCCUUAAAACAGGGAGAGCAGAUUUUGAAGGUGAGUUUGACUGCCUAAUGAUGGUUGUCAUGCAGUCUAUGUAAACAAUUGAUUUGACCAGGGAAUACUACAAGUUGUA